AUGUUCAUGAACAAGAAAUUAAAAAACUCAAACUCGAAUUUGAAGAUACUUAUCAACAAAUCGAGGAAGAAGCUGUCAAAGUUAUCGAUAAAAUGAAAGAAGAAAUUAAAGAGAAAAAUAAGAUUAUUGAUGAAUUGGUUGAACGUAUGGCCUACUACUCUAUCUUUUUUGGUAGAGGAUUUGAAUUUGCUCAGAAACAAUAUGAGCAAGAAAAACUAUUCAACCAAGUUUAUACGGCUGUAAAUGAUUUUACUGGUGAGACUUAUAAUUUUGUUGAAUCAAAAGAAGAAUUGGUAGAGAAUACCACACAAGAAGACAAAGAAAAUAAAGAAAUUGAUAUAGAAAAAUUAGAUGAAAAUGAUAAUAAAGAAGCAAAUGAAAAUAAAGAACCAGAAGAUCUUUCGAAAUAUAAUUAUGUUUAUCAUGAAACAUUUGGUGAAAAUUCUGAAAAUGAAUUAUAUUAUGAAUCUGAUAAUAGAAGUUGGGAAUAUGAUUUCGAUGAUGAAUAG